CAAAGCUUCCGUAGUUUGAGUCACAAGAAUGAUUUGUUGUGGUCGUGACUGAAAUGUAACGUUACCUCUAACAACAUUUAGCUCGCUUACGUACUUGUGUAUCUGUAACGGUACAUUUAUCUGCUUUGGGUGAAAAUAUCAACAACACGGAUCGUUACAUCUGAAUUUCCUCUCCUGAAGGCGGUAAUUAAGAAGAUAUUUGACCAGGCGGAAGCGUUUUCUGGCAUCUCUGUUUGCGCCAAUGACGGCAAACGUUAAUCGCUAUUAAACGAAGUCAUGCUUCGGUGGAUUCUUGGUGGUCGAGAAGCUCCGGGUUCAGUGGAGAAAAGCCCCGUGUUGUGCAUCGGAGAGGAACAGCCCAAAAACUGCUUCACUGAGCUGCAGGUGCUGAAAGGACAUUUUGACAUUGUUCGAUUUCUGGUGCAGAUUGAUGACUUCAGGUGUGCCUCAGCAGGGGAUGAUGGUCUUAUUUUGGUGUGGAAUAUUGAGACCGGGGAAAGGCUGCAGGAGCUGAGGGGCCAUUCCCAGCAAAUAACAGCAAUAACCACCUUCACCUGUAAGAAUGGGCCCACAUUGCACACCUCGCUCAUCACAGCCUCCUCAGACCGCAGUCUCAGUUUGUGGAACCCUGAUACAGGCAACAGAGUCCAGACUAUUUCAGAUCUUCAGUCUUCUGUAAAGUGUUUGCUGGUGCUGGAGCGGCUGUGUGUGUGGGUCUCCGGCGGGGAGGAACUGUGUGCAUGGAACAAAGACUUUCAGCUGCAGUGUCAAAAACAGAACCACAGCGACACUGGGAUAACUGCUUUAAUAGAGCUGCCCAAGAACUGUAUAGCAGCUGCGAUGGAUAAAGAGAUCGUGAUCUACAGACUGACAGUCUCUAUUGAUUCCUCUCUGUCAAUGGCUGAGAUCCGCUGUCUGUCCGAUCACCAGGACCAGAUUCGAGCUCUUAUAAAUGUCAAUGACCGGCUCUUUGCCAGCGGUUCCCACGCGGGAGAGUUGAUCUUAUGGGAUGCUAUCGACUGGAAUGUCUUUGCCUAUGAGCACAUCCUGUGGGAGGAGUCACAAGCCUGCACUCAGUCUGAAAUACGACUGGCCGCUCCCAAACCCAGUGAGAUGUCCAUUCAGCAUCUGACCACCAAUGGAAAGCACGUCCUUGCAGCUGUGGGCAGCGGCCUGUACGUGUACAGCGUUCUGACCAAGACAGUGGUGGCCUACAGGAAGGUUGCCCAUGACUCUAAUGUCUUACACACCAUGAUGUUAUCUGACAGCGAGCUGAUGUCCUGCUCUGAAGAUGGCAGCGUGAGGAUGUGGGAGAUCCAAGACCUGCCUUUAACUGCUGAACCAGCCUCUCCAGGGUUCUUUGGAAUGUGGACUUUUGGCCGUCCAAACAAACAGACUGGUCCUCCAUCAAAGAAGGUCAUAGACGUCCCGAACACCAGGACACUUGAGUUGACUGGAGAUCUGAUUGGACACUCAGGGGCCGUCCAGAUGUUUGUGAGCUUUGGGGAAAACGGUUUGGUCACAUGCUCGGCAGACCACCUGCUGAUUCUAUGGAAGAACGGAGAAAGGCAGUCCCGCCUCCGCAGCCUGGCACUGUUUCAAAAACUGGAGGAGAAUGGAGGACUCUGACCUUUAACCCUUGGAUCGCUGCCUUAAAAAUGAGAUGUGAUAUUGUUGGUUACAAAUUUAUUGUAUUGAUUGUUUUUUGAAUUUAAUGACAAUGUAAUGGUUGUUGUUUGUAUUUAACUUAUAUUAAAAAAAACAAACAAAAAAAAACUAAA